AUGUUGAACAACCAGCUCCAGGGACGUCUCGGGCGCCGCUAUGUCGUCCUUGUCGUCUUCGCCGUCCUCGCCCUCUUGCUAUGGCACGGCUUCGGCGGCGGCUACGGCUCCCGGGCGGCCGGCUCCAGGACCGUGGGCAGCGUGCGCCUCGUGCCCAGCAGCUACGACUGGAGCAAGGCCCAGCAGUUCCACCCCGUCGCCGACAUCAAGCCCCUGCCCGCAGGCUCGCCCGCCCGGCUGCCCAAGGUCCAGGCCCGACCGUCGGCGGAGCGCCAGGACGACAUCGCCAAGUCUAGGAAGGAGGCGGUCCGCAGGGCCUUUGUCAAGAGCUGGGAGGCGUACAAGACGCAUGCCUGGACAAAGGACGAGUUGAUGCCCCUGUCCGGCAAGGGCAAGCAGACCUUUUCCGGUUGGUCUGCCCAGCUGGUGGAUGCCCUCGACUCGCUCUGGAUCAUGGGCCUCAAGGACGACUUUGUCCUCGCCGUCAAGGAAGUCGCCGUCAUCGAUUGGGCCAAGGUCAACGACGGCAAGACGGUCAACCUCUUCGAGGUCACCAUCCGCUACCUCGGCGGCCUGCUCGCCGCCUACGACCUGUCGCGCGAGCCCGUCCUGCUGGCCAAGGCCGUCGAGCUGGGCGAUGCCCUGUACGCCGGCUUCGACACCCCCAACCGGCUCCCCUCGCACUGGCUCGACUACAACAAGGCCAAGACCGGCGAGCAGACGGCCGACUUGAGCAUGUCGGGCGCCGCGGGCGGCUCCCUGUCCCUCGAGUUCACGCGCCUGAGCCAGAUCACGGGUGAAGCCAAGUACUACGACGCCACGGAGCGCAUCAAGCAGUUCUUCUACCGCUUCCAGAACCAGACCAAGAUCCCCGGUCUCUGGCCCAUGAUGCUCAACUACCGCGACGAGACCAUGGACGGCGAGAUCUUCACGCUCGGCGCCGGCGCCGACUCGCUGUACGAGUACCUGCCCAAGAUGCACGCCCUGCUCGGCGGCCGCGACCCCGAGUACGAGCAGAUGACGACCAAGGCGCUCGACGCCGCGCGGGACACGCUCCUGUUCCGGCCGAUGACGCCCAAGGACGACAACAUCCUCAUGGCGGGCAACGUGGACUGGGACGACGGCAACAAGACGCUGACGCCCGAGAUGCAGCACCUCACGUGCUUCAUCGGCGGCACGUACGGGCUGGCGGGCCAGCUCCUGGGCCGCAAGGAGUUCGUGGACCUGGCGUCGCGGCUCGCCGCGGGCUGCGUGUGGGCGUACGACUCGUUCGCGACCAACAUCAUGCCCGAGAUCAGCGAGCUCGUGGCAUGCCCGUCGCUCGACGGGCCGUGCCCCUACUCGGAGGCGGCCUUCCCCACGGCGAUGCGCGGGCGGCCCAGCGGCGUCGACCUGCCGGGCGGGUUCACGCGCGUGCGCGACCCGCGCUACCUGCUGCGGCCCGAGGCCAUCGAGAGCGUCUUCUACAUGUGGCGCAUCACGGGCGAUCAGGUAUGGCGCGACGCGGCGUGGAGGAUGUGGCAGGGCAUCGUGCGCGAGACGGAGACGGAGUUGGCCUUUGCGUCGGUCGAGGACGUCAAGGUGCACUCGAGCGAAAAGGUCGAUUCCAUGGAGACGUUCUGGCUCUCCGAGACGACCAAGUAUUUCUACCUCAUCUUUGACGACGAGGGCACCAUCAACCUGGACGAGUGGGUGCUCAACACGGAGGCGCAUCCGCUCCGCCGGCCGGCGCAGAGGUCCUUCUACGCCCUCUCCAAGACGCAUCACCCCGACGCAAACCCCUCCGACCCCUCCGCCGCCGCCACCUUCUCCCUUCUCUCCGAGUCAUACACGCUCCUCUCGGACCCCUCCCGCCGCGCCGCCUACGACCGCGACGUCCUCCGCCUCCAGUACCCGCACCAUCGCGCCGACCACCACCACCGCCCCGGCGCCUCCUACUCGAGCACCAGCCAGGCCGGCGGCCGCGCCCCCUCCGGCCUCAGCCGCCGCAGGACCACCUUCCGCGGCCCCCCGCCCAGCUUCUACCGCAGCGGCGGAUGGGGCACGCAGGCGGACAAGCGUCGUCGCGCGCACGAGGAGUCCACGGGCGGCGCUGAGUCUGCGGCCGGGGCGCAACAGCAGCAGCAACAGCAUGCCUCCGAGUCAUCGUCCUCGUCGACCGCGAACCCCUGGGCGCACGCCCACCAGCAGCACCACCAUCACCAUCAUCAUCACCAUCACCACCACCAGCAACAACACGCCGGCAUGGGCCCCGGCUCCUCGCCCUUCCGCGACGCCGACGCCGCCCCGCACUUUGACCGCGAGGGCCACACGCGCACGCACCAGCGAGAGGACCGCCGCCGCUGGCAGCGCGCCCGCCGCGCCGUCGGCGACGACGGCGUCGAGUUCGAGCCCCAGACCAGCCUCGCCGGCCACUUCCUCAUCGUCGCGAGUAUCCUCGGCGCCACGUUCCUCGCCCCCUUUAUAUACCUGCAGUUCAUGCGCCUGGGGAGGCGCAAGAAGGAGCACGAGUAUUGA